CGCUGCUCACUCAGGCAGCGCUCGGCCGCCCGCUCGGGUCCUGGCGGCGCGUUUCCCGGCAGGCAGCGCGGCGCGGGUCUCUUUCGCCGCCAUCUUGGAGCGCUGGGGGCCUGCCGGGACCGGGUCUGCGGGAGGACACCAUGACCGGGAGGCUGUGGUGCAAGGCCAUUUUUGCUGGCUACAAACGUGGCCUGCGAAACCAGCGGGAGCACACGGCCCUUCUGAAAAUUGAAGGUGUUUAUGCCCGUCAGGAGACAGACUUCUACCUGGGCAAGAGGUGUGCCUAUGUGUACAAAGCUAAAAACAACACGGUAACCCCCGGAGGCAAACCCAACAGGACACGCGUGAUCUGGGGGAAGGUGACCCGAGCCCAUGGGAACAGUGGCAUGGUUCGUGCCAAGUUCCGCUCCAACCUUCCUGCCAAGGCCAUUGGACACAGAAUCCGGGUGAUGCUGUAUCCAUCUAGGAUCUAAAUUUUUAUUGAAAAUAAAAUGGAGAAUCUGUUUAA